AUGGCAAAGUGGAAUAACACUCACUUUAAGGAAUUUAUUCUACUAGGACUGACAGAUGAUCCCAAACUUGAAAUUAUUCUCUUUGUCCUUUUUUUAAUUUUCUACAUUGUUACUCUUUUCGGAAAUAUCGGCAUCAUUAUAGCAAUCUGGGUGGAUUCUCGGCUGCACACCCCAAUGUAUUUUUUUCUUAAUAAUUUAUCCUUCUUAGACCUUUGCUAUGCCACAAUUAUAACCCCUAAAACAUUGGUCAACUUUCUGUCAAAAUCAAAAGCCAUUGGUUAUAAUGAGUGUGCUGUGCAGAUGUUUUUUUUUGCUGCCUCCGUCUCAACUGAAUGCCUCUUAUUGGGUGUCAUGGCUUAUGAUCGCUAUGUAGCAAUAUGUAAUCCACUCUUGUAUUCUUCUGUAAUGGCAAAACGGAUUUGUAUGCAGCUUGUAGCUGGAGCUUACACUCUGGGCUACCUCAAUUCAACACUGCAUACAAUUUGUACUUUCCAGUUGCCGUUUUGUAAGACCAACAAGAUUAACCACUUCUUCUGUGAUGUUCCUCCUCUCCUGAAACUAUCCUGCACCAAAACCACAAUGAAUGAAGCCCUGAUGUUCAUAUUUGGAGGCUUUAUUGAGUCAAGUUCACUCAGUAUCAUUAUUGUCUCCUACAGCUACAUUAUAUCGACUAUACUCCGCAUCCGAUCCAAGGAGGGAAGGAAGAAGGCAUUUUCAACAUGUGCCUCUCACUUAUUGGCAGUUACCAUAUUUUACAGCACUAUCCUUUUUAUGUACUUAAGACCUACUUCUGCAUACUCCAUGAGCCAGGACAGGGUUGCUUCCGUCUUUUACAGCGUUGUUAUUCCUAUGUUGAACCCACUUAUCUAUAGUUUGAGGAAUAAUGAAGUUACCCAAGCUUUAAAGAAAAUUAAAGCAAAAUAUUGUUGUAAAUAA